AUGGGGGCCUACCCCUUCUCAGUGGGCGUGUCGGAUGCCCUCAAAGCGCACAAUGGAGUUGAUGGCUUUGACCACGGCAAGAGAUCACAGUCAUCCGAGCUUCAAAAUUGUCGUGGUCGCCUUCCUUCGAUUCAAGCAGCCCGAUUACGCACGAUGCUUUUAGAAAGCUGGAAAGAUCCGAGCCAGAUCUUGGCAACUUGCUGCGCUGACGACGCUUUAUCAGCACGGCUGAUCGAGGAAGCAGGCUUUCCGCUGAUAUUCCUAGGAGGCUACGCUGUUUCAGCCAGCUUAGGGCUUCCUGACACGGGUUACAUUGCAUUCCAGGAACUUGCCAACAGAAUCCAAGAAGUUUCUCGUCGAGUCAAUAUCCCGAUUUUUGUCGAUGGUGACACUGGUUACGGUUCAUCACCGAAUGUCAGGAGGACUGUUGAGGGGUUUGCCAGGGCCGGUGCUGCCGGGGUCAUGAUUGAAGACCAAACGUGGCCCAAGAAGUGUGGACAUACCAAAGGCAAAUCAGUCGUCUCGCGUGAGGAGGCCUUUGCGCGUGUCCAAGCGGCUGUGGAUGCGCGGAAUGAAGGCACGGACAUUGUCAUUCUUGCGAGGACCGACUCCUUGAUUCUCGGAUGGGACGAAGCCCUCCUGCGUGCCACCACGUUCGCAAAGAUGGGUGCUGAUAUGGUCUUCAUUGAAGCACUGCCAGACCGUCUCGCCAUGGAGAAGGCGGCAAAGGAGGCUGGGUUUGCCAUGGUGGCAUACCCUUUCACCAUCGUUGCGGCCAAGAUCAAGGCAGUCCGAGAAGCUCUGGAAGGGAUGAAAGGAAGCAUGACCGUAGGAGCCCCGCCCCAGAUAUUGAGCGCGGCUGAAGUCUGCGAGGCAGUUGGCUUUGAGGAUUAUUGGAAGCUCGAGGAGAGAUACAAAUACUGA